UCAUGAUAGUUCUCAAGCUAUUGCUACUCAUUGUAGUCUUGGUUUGACUUAUUUGGCAUUAGGAGAUACUCGAAAUGCAGAAGAACAACAAAUAUUAGCUGAAAAAAAUUAUAUUCGUGCAGCUGAAUGCCAACUUAAAAAUUAUCAAUCUGGUUUGAAGAAACAAAAAAAGUUUCAAAUGAAUGAUAUAGUAGGACUAAAAAUUUCAGAAGUUGAUCGGUCAAAUACUUCACCAUCAAUCUUACCGUGUAAAAUAAUUGACGUAUCGUAUAAAGAUGAAUCAUGUGGUCUACAAUAUAAACUUGCAACAUUACAUGGAAAAAUUACUGAUUGGUUUUCAUCACUUGAUUUAAUUGAUUUAUGA